AUGGACAGCUUUGGUGAGUUGACUGAUGACUUGCUCAUCAAGAUACUUUCAUUUGCUCCAACGACCAAAGUCGCCGUGGCUACGAGCGUUUUGUCGAAACGAUGGUUGUCGCUUUGGACAAUGGUGCCAAGACUCAGUUUAGAAGACCAAUGGAUUGAUACCGUGGACAUCAAUGAGAUUGAUUUCAUAGUCUUGCCGUCACAUGCUGUCUCCGGGACUUUGCUGUUACACAAGUCACCAGUUAUAGAAAGUUUUCACCUCACCAAAGCUUCUGGAUGCAUCGAUGAUUCGGAGAUUUAUCUAUGGGUUAGAGUCGCAGUCGAUCGUUUCGUGCGUGAUCUGAAGAUAAGCUUCACCGAUGCCAUCGGUUUAUAA